GUUUCCAAAUGCUGAAGUGAUGGAGCUCUGCGGAGGCGGAGUUUGAAUGGCUGCACAUUUUAUAAAAUGUGGAGUCAGGACUAAUGUAAUUUCUUUAGUGUGCCCUUUCAGCACUACGAUCAAACUUGAAGGAAAAAACUGUGCUUCACCACAGCCUAAAUCCACAGAGCUUCCUGUGAACCAUCAUGGACGAGGACUUUGAUUUCGAACGUCGCAGGGAGUUGCGUAGACAAAAGCGUGAAGAGAUGCAGCGGGAGGCUGAAAUAAUAAAUGCUCAGGAUGAUGAUGAGGAGGCGGCCCGUGAGCGGCGCAGACGAGCCCGACAGGAACGCCUGCGCAACAAGGACAAUGAAGAGUCGAAUAUCACAGCAGCAGAUACAAACAGUACAGAGCCAUCAACUUUGAUCACCGGUUCUGCGCCGUCUGAGGAUGAUGAGCAGGCUCUUCUGGAGAGGAUUGCCAGGAGAGAGGAACGAAGACAGAAAAGGAUGCAGGAAGCUUUGGAGAGACAGAAGGAGCUUGAUCCCACAAUUGAGGAUGAAAAUGUCACCACCACUGAAGAAAAGCCAGGAACGGAAGAAGAUGCAUCCGGUAAUGAGGUCCCUUCAACAGAAACCAACUUGUGGAAGGAAAGCAAAGACAAGGAGAAUACAGAAGAAAGCAACGUAAAGGUUGAGGAGCUGGCCAUGGUGAAGGACGAGCCGGCACCAUGCACAUUGGCAGAGGAUGCCAAAGAUACUUCUGAGAAGACGGACAAAGCAGAGGAGGAAAGACCACAGACAUCCUAUUUAAGAGAAGAGGAAUUCACAAAGGAGAAAGCCAAAGAACAAGCUGUACCAAGUGAGGAAGAAUCUGUCAGUGUAUAUAUAGAGUCUAAAGAAAUUACAGAUUUAGAUUUAGUGAAGACAGAGGUUGAAGAUUUAGUGUCAAAGAAAGUCAGGGAGGAAGAUCCUACAAAAGAAAACAGAAUUGUAGGCCAAAUCAUAGAAGUGGAAGUCACCACAGCUUCACCACAGAUAGAGGAAAAGAGGAUUUUGGAGGAAGAGGAACCUGAAGAUAAACUUGUGGAAGUCAUGGUUAGAUUUCAAGAUGAAUCUCCAGAGAUGGUCGAUGAGAAAGAACAAGAGAAAUCCCAUGUACCUGUUGAAGAAACGUCAAACAACUUAACCGAGGAUGCUGAGGUCAAGCUCCAGAUCCAAACGAAAGAUGAGGAGAAACCACAGGUUAAAAAUGAAGUUGAGUUUAAAGUCCAAAUCCCAAAGACAGAAGAUGAGAAACCAGAAGUGAUGAGGGAGUUUGAGGUGAAGUUUCAAAUCCCGAACAAAGAAGAUGAGAAACCAGAAGUGAAAAGGGAGGUUGAGGCGAAGUUUCAAAAUCUGAAGAAAGAAGAUGAGAAACAAGAAGUGAAGAAGGAGGUUGAGGUGAAGUUUCAAAUCCCGAACAAAGAAGAUGAGAAACCAGAAGUGAAGAGGGAGGUUGAGGCGAAGUUUCAAAUCCCGAACAAAGAAGAUGAGAAACCAGAAGUGAAGAGGGAGGUUGAGGCAAAGUUUCAAAACCCAAAGAAAGAAGAGGAGAAAUCAAAAGUAAAGAAAGAGGUUGAGGCGAAGUUUCAAAACCCAAAGAAGGAAGAGGAAAAAUCAAAAGUGAAGAAAGAGGUUGAGUCGAAGUUUCAAAACCCAAAGAAGGAAGAGGAGAAACCACAAGCAAAGAAGGAAGUUGAGCAGAAACCAUCAACGCUGAAGAAGGUUGCGGAGAAACCGGCUGCUCCAAAGAAAGAGGUUGAAGACAAGCCGAAAUGGAAGAAAGAAGUAGUAGAAACAAAGUCCAGAUCUGAAGACAAAUCCAAACCAAAGAAGCAAGAGCAGAAAGUGUCAACAAAGACACCAGAUGCGGACGAAAGUGCAGCAAAGGCAAAGAAGGCUGAGAAGAUAUUAAGCCCGAGUGGCUUACGCUCACCCGACUCGGAGAAGCAGGAUCCGGUCGCCAAGCUGGAGGCGGAACGGAUGCUGCAGGAGCUGAAGCGCAGGAGGAACGAGACGGACAGCGAGACGAUGGAGAAGGUGAAACAGAAGCAGCAGACGGCUGAAGCUGAGCUGGAGGAGCUGAGGAAGAAGAGAGAGGAGAGGAAGAAGAUCCUGGAGGAGGAAGAGAAGCAGAAGAAACAACAGCUGGCUGAAAAGAAAGCCAAGGAAGAGGAAGAGAGAAGGAAAAUGAAAGAAGAGAUUGAGCGGAGACGAGCAGAAGCUGCAGAGAAGAAAAAGCAAAAGGAAGAGUCAGAAGAAGGAAGCAAAGUGCCGUUUAUCGCUCCUAAAGGAGCAUCCGCAAAGAUUGGAGAAAAAGCUGAAUUUUUGAACAAGUCUGCUCUUAAAAGUCCAAUAAAGAUCUCACACACUCCAUUAGUUUGCAAGAUUGGAAAUCGAUUGGAGCAGUACAAUUCUGCUCUUCAGAAUAAAGAUGUGCCCAAGUCCCCCAGAUCUCCUGUGGACGUACCUGUGGCUGAAGGGGUGCGUAACAUGAAGAGUAUGUGGGAGAAGGGAAAUGUUGUUAGUCCUACUGCAGGUCCCACAAGCCCCCCGGCAGUCACCAAGGUACAGGAAACAGCUGGUCUGAACACAGGUGUGGCCGGACGUGUUAACAGCUGGAAGACCAAAACUCCUGAGCAGAAACCUGCUGAACCAAAACCAACAACUGAACCAGAAAAACCAGCAGUCACAGCAGUCAAAACGGAUCAAAAGCCACCCGAAGUCACGAAAACACGUGGCCUAUGGGAACCAAAGGGUUCCACUCCUCUCAAGGGGUUUCAAGCCAAGAGUAAAUUUGUCACUAAUGGAACAAGAAAAUAAAGACACAUAACAGACCCUGGAUCAGCCAAAGUUAAACACACAAAUGUGCACUCCAGUGAUUCUCAACUGGUUUUGCUUCAGGCAUCAGAUAUUACAUUGGGGAUCAAGUUGUGACCAAAAGUGUUAAAUAUUACACUGACAUAUAAUUACUACACUGUAUAAAAAGAUUUAUUGGUUCAACUUAAAAAAAGCAAGUUACCUGGUUGCUUAAAAUGUUUGAGUUAAUUCAACCAAAAAUAUUAGUUGAUAAUAAUAUUACCUAAUAAUAAUAAUAAUUAAUUAAUAAUAAUUUUUUAUAUAAAAUAAUACAAUUUGAAGGCAACCAGGUAACAACUAAGUUGUUAAGUUGAACCAAGGUUUUCUAACAGUGUAUGAAUAAGCUCAGCAAAUUAGCUUAGCACAAUUAUUGACAAGAAUUUUCUCCAUGCAUAAACAAAUAAGCAAUUAUGGAAGAAAUACAGUACCAAAUAUAAUAUUAAUAGUAGUAAUAGAAAUUAAUAUUCAUUUUAAUCAUAAAUGAGCCUAUUUAUUGUUUAGUUAUUAAUGCAUUUAGCAUUGUAUUAGCACAGACCUUCAGCCCACCUGUUGAGAAUCACUGAAUUACACUUUAUAAAUGUAUUUAACAGGUGAACUGAACUGAAAUAAAUGACUGACAUAAGGUUUAAAAUCAUUAUCUUACUCUCUGUUUGAUGUCCAUUUGAACUUUAUCUUCUUUGUUUUUAAUAUCAGUGUCAUUUGGACAUUUGAAUCAUGUAAAAACAUUUAUUGCAUCUACUUCUGUAGAAAAGCUUUGGUUUCUUUUGAGCACACUUUUUAGAAAAAAAAUGGCCUAAAGGUACUACUCCAACUUUCACUGGGCUUAAAGGGGUCAUAUUAUGAGAUUUUUUUUAAAGAUGUAAAAUUAUUCGUUGGUGUCCCCAGAGUGCGUAUGCGAAGUUUUAGCUCAAAAUACCAUAUAGAUAAUUAAUUAUAACAUGGUAAAAUUGCCACUUUGUAGGUCUGAGCAAAAGUGUGCCCUUUUUGGGUGUGUCCAUUAAAAUGCAAAUGAGCGGAUGAAAUGCAAACACUGAUCAGAAUGAUGGUGGUUUGUUGAAAUUGAAACUCAUUUGUGCUGUCAAUUAUUUUUUUCUCUCUCUUUCUCUCUGCACUAAAUGGCAGUGCCGUGGUUGAAUAGUGCAGAUUAAGGGGGCGGUAUUAUUGUAAUUCGCCUUGCUACCUACCUCACAAAACAGGCGAAAUCUGAACGACCUAAUUUUUUACAUGCUUGCAGAGAAUGGCUUACCCAAACAAAGUUACUGGGUUGACCUUUUUCAUGUUUUGUAGGUUGAUAGAAGCACUGGGGACCCAAUUAUAACACUAAAACAUGGAAAAAGUCUGAUUUUCAUGCUAUGACCCCUUUAAACCCUUAUAUAUAUACACAUUUGGUAUCAAUAUGUACCUUUGAGAUGCUUUUUUUGAAAGGGAACCCAACAGUGAUAGCUGUGGUACAUAUUUUGACAAUUUUUUCUUAAAAAUGUAUACACCAGCUACAAAUUCCUUGCUGCCUUAAUUUUUGUUUAUUCCAGAUUUACAAGUCAUUUCAAUUUACUUUUAUUUAUCUUGACUAUAAUUAUAAGUCAAAAUAAGUAAAAAUAAGUAAACUUUUUUUUAUUUUCAUGUUGUAGCAACUCAUCUAUUGUCAAGUUGAAAUGACUUGAAAAAAUUAAGGCAGCAAAUCAUUUUUUACAGUGUGGGCUUUAUCUAGCAUUGAUUUGAAAAUACUGUAUGUAACCAGGGGCAAAAUUUCCACUGGGGACAGAGGGACAUGCCCCCCCACACUUAUUUAGAAUUCGUGUCCCCCCGCUGUUAAAGUCAUUUGUCAGGAUUUUUUAACCGCAAUUCGUCAUUAAGAAGCUGGCGAGUCCAUAGAUAUGUAUAAUAAAUGUAUUACGGUGGGGUCUCUAACAUCAUCACCUGGCGGCCAUCUUAUCUCAGACAGCUCACUCACAAACCAAACCAUUUGAAGUUAUGCAAGUUAUGGUCCUUUAAAAGCACAUGCAUCAUUAAAACACAAUGCUACGAGUGAGCGAGCUGUAUGAGGUAAGAUGGCCGCCAGGUGCUGACGUGGACCUCUAUUGGCAAGCAGCGCCGGCGAGACAUCUAGCAUUUAUUAUACAUAUCCAUGUGCGAGUCUGCCUUAACUUAAUUAUUUCCUGGAUUUUUUUAUCACCAUAGUCCCUAAACGUAUGUAAAUGCAAGAAAUGGGAUUCAAAUCGAACAUAUUUUCCCCCAUUUUAUGUCCUCCCACUUUUCAAACCAAAGUUACACCUAUUAUUAUUGAAAAAUGCAAUGUGAUAAUAAAGUGGCUUUACAUCUUCUUUACUUCUUGAGUUGCAUUGAGAAUGUUAAUUUUGCUUAUUUCGUCAAAAGCUUUAUAACCAUUAAAUGUUUUAUCCUGUUGCUUUUUGUUUGACCACAUUUGUCAUACGCUUUGAUUUUGUGAGUCAUGCCAUGAACACUACAUUUGCUUAGACAAAAAUAAAAAUACAUUUACAGUUACAGCAUUAUAAAGUAUUUUUGGCUAUGCAUAUAUAAUACAGUGCUUAAUUCUUGCACAAAAUCAAUAAAGUGCUUCAAUAUGCUG